AGGGAGGAUGCUGCCAGCGGAAAAUGGCUGCUGCAACCUCAAGCCUAUCCUGAUACACCGAAACGACAUCAAGGUGGAGAGAGAGAGAGAGCGCCGGAGCAAGGGAGAGAGGAAGAGAGAGAAAGAUUAGGAAAAUGAGAGCAGAUAGAGAGAGAAUGUGAGUGAGUCUGUGAGUGUUUCAUGAAAGGAGGAUAAAAAGAGAGAGAGAGAGAGAGGGAGAGAGAGAGAGAGAGAGAGAGGAGAGACCCUGGGGUGGGCUGCUGCAAGCGGCGGGCAACACCGAGCCAUGGAGGGCGAUGUGCGUGUUCGUGCAGUGGUGAUGACACGUGAUGACUCCAGUGGCGGUUGGGUGCCCCUUGGAGGUGGCGGCCUCAGUCAUGUGGUCAUAUGUAAGGGGCGGAGUCAUGAAGGCAGGGGGCGGAGAGAAUACAUCAUUCGUGGAGAACGACUGCGAGAUCGAGCACCAGUGUUGGAGUGUGCAGUGCAAAGGGGGUUAGUGUACAACAAGGUGAACCCCAUCUUCCAUCACUGGAGAGUAGAGGAUCGAAAGUUUGGCCUUACGUUCCAGAGUCCUGCUGAUGCCAUCUCCUUCGAGAAAGGGCUGCAAGCUGUCAUAGACAAGCUGGACAGAGGCUCUGACUCGCCCUCAUCCUCCACACCAGAAGAGGCCGACACAGAGGAUGAUGGGCAAGCAUCCCAUACAGGAAGUGAGUCUUCAUCCAACAGUAGGAAGGAGAUGCUUCCCAAACCCCUCACCAUAGUGACGAGUGAGUCUUCGGCUACCUGCUUCGUACGGCCAGAGGAGUUUAGUUUUGGACCCAGCCAUGCUGUAACCACUCAGACACCUGCGCAGAUCCACACCAGGCCGGGACAGCACCAUCUUUCACAAAUAGCCGCUGUCUUGAACCCUCCAGCACCUCCGCCCCCGCCUCCUGCACCACCUACUCCUCCUAUAGGUCCCCCAGCCUCAUCUCCUCUGUCGCCCCUCUCACCUACCAUUUCACUUCUAGAGGAGGGAGACCUACGCAGUUUGGACCCUUGCAAAGAUCUGUGGGGUUCUCGAGGCUAUGAGGACUACCGACGGGCGGGGUCUACCAGAACUAUGGUUGGUGGGCUGACUGGGGGUGUGGUUGUCGGAGGUGGAGGGAGUAUUCAGGACAAGCCAGAGCUGUGUGUGGUUCGUUUCGAGAAGGACCUGGCAGGAGUAGGGACCGCAGGCUGUGAAGUGACCGUGAACCUGGACAGUAAAGCUUCCCAGCGUGUCUCCUCAUCAUCAUCACCCACCUGUAUGUCCAUGCCCAACGCCGUGUCCGGUGUGUCCUCAGGGGCCGGCUCACCUCAGGAGGCGGGCAAGGGCUCGCCCUCUCCUUGCUGCAUCCACAGCUCGCUGGCCACGCCGCGGUCGCGGACUCGUAAGAGAGGGGUAGGGGCCAGCAGCAGUUGCGACACGGGGGUAAUCUCCCCUGACGACGACAGCCCGUGUCCUCAGGCGUCGUCAUGCUCAUCUCGCUGUGUGUACUGCCGCUCUGUUUUCAGUGCUUCAGAGAAUGGGCGGGGCCGCUGCAGGGAUGCCCCAGACCCAGCCCUGCAUUGCCUGCGCCAAUGGACCUGUGUGUGGUGUGCAGAGAGUCUGCUCUACCACUGCAUGUCGGACUCUGAGGGAGAGUUCUGGGAGCCUUGCUCAUGUGAAGACUCGAUGGGGGGCCACCCACAUCCCCUUUGCUGUGCCCGCUGGUUGGCCCUCCUGGCUCUGUCACUCUUCGUGCCCUGCAUGUGCUGCUACCUGCCUUUGCGCGCCUGCCUGCGGUGUGGGGAAAGGUGCGGCUGCUGUGGGGGAAAGCACAAAGCGGUCCGAUGAAGCCAGGUUCAGGGGUGGGAGGGGUUUCCUGGACCAAAGAGGUUUGGGUGUUGGGGGAGGUGAAGCCUAGUAGGUGUUCUCUGUGGACCCAGACCUCUGACGUGGCCCUCCAGAGCCUCACUGCAUUCUGCUCUUUCUCUUUUUCAACCUGGGGCCUUCCUCACUGGUCCAUGCCUGCUGAAGGUGCACUUCGAUCUGAUAAGGCUCUGUGGGAGUCAUCUGGAGCCUUCGUGGUGGAUUUACUGAGGGUUGGCUGAUCCAGAAUGAACGGUCAGAGACUUUUAUCACAGGAAGGGAGCGGCAGAGGCAAAGAUGAUGUGUACACUGUUUCAAAUGUCUGUUUGUUUUUUUUUUAUUUAGAAAGAAAAACACAAAAACAAAAGAUGUUUAUAUAUAUGAUUGUUAUAAUUUUAAUUGGUAUAUUUUAUUAAAUGUAAAACAUAUUGACAGAAUCCCCCCAGUGGCACACACUAUCACGUUCACAGACAUGAGAUCUUGGGGAAGUUCUUUGUUACAUGUUAGCCUGUUUAUCAGUCAGAUAAGCAGAUGUCACCCUUUACCUCUAAUUUUACCUCAGAUAUUAUUCAAACCCUGGUGAAGACAGACAAAGAGGAGGAAGAGGAGGAGGAGGAGGAGGACACAAGUGAGUGCAGUCUUAAAAAAAAACAGUGUGAGCAUCUCGGACCGCUCGUGUCGUCUUUUGGGUAAAGACCGCAGUGAGAGAGAGAUUUUCAAUCGCAAAGGGACAAUUAUUUCUAAGGGAAGUUGCAAUGACAACCACAAAGACUUAAAACUCAUAAUGUGAUUCAUUAUGAUCCUUUGUAACCAAACACAGGGUUAUUUCUGUUCUUUAACAAAAAAUCAAGGAUGUGUGUCAAACAUUAAACACCCUCACUUAACACAUUUAUUCAUCUUUCCAUGUAUUUUUCAAUAUUAAUUCUACAAACACAUCACAUCUUACCACUGUACUCGUUCAAUCAGUCAAGGUGCUUUCAAAGUGAGGCCUCUGAGUGAGUCUGUUCUACCUAAUGUACAAAAUGACAGUACAGUCCCAAUCCCCAAAGAAACACAAGACGAGACCCCGUGCUAACCAAUCUCUUGAUGUGUCAAGGCCUUCAAACGAGACAUCACCAAAAAGAAAAGAUCAAGUGCAAUGAACAAUGUAUUGAGAGAGUAUUUUUGUACCAGCCUAAAUAAGGAAAACUACACAAAAAUUGGAAGCAUUGGAACUGAUACUGUAGUGUGUUGUUGUGUUUGAUAUCAAGCAGAAACGAGUACACAAACUUGUCUUUGAGCAACAGCAUGUAGUUCACAGGUGUGACUUUGACAUUCUGUGGUGUGGACUUUACGCUGUGAAAAGAGAGGACACAUUCACUUGAAUAAGAAGACCAAGGGGGGAGGGGGGAGGGGGGGGUCUUUGUUUGGACAUGGUGGCAGAUGUGUUUACUGAGUGUUGCUUUAAGUAUGAAGUCAAAUAAGCUGCUAUUUUAAGUCCUGUCCUAACCCUGUUCACAUGUUGCUGCUGCUGCCUCUCGACAAUUGAAGAGGUGGAGUGGCAGUCAAGACAGUCCUUUAAGGUCUUACUCCACCCAAGGUGCUGAAGAUGUAGGAGUGUUGUGUGAAGGAAGAUUCUGUUAGAUCACAGCUGGGCUCAAACAGAAAUUCACCCCCAAGUCAUUUUUAAAAAAUGUCUCUGGUUAUUUCUUGCAUUUCUGUGUACAUUUUGCUAAUUCCUUGUAUAUUUUUCUAUUUCCAGCAAAUAACUAGCAGUAGGGUAGAUUCAAUGCUUAUCCCUCUCAGCCCGACAGAUUCUGUUAACAUUAACACGACUUAAUGUGGACGUCUCACUAAAUAAAGUUAAAGUUAGUGUCCUCACUUUGCAUCAGUUUAACAUGAUGCAAAUUAAAUAUAUAAUAGAGGAGGUAGGGUUGGCAGGUUUGAUUAUAAUUGAAUCAAGGCUCUGGAGAAGUCCCUCAAAAAUGUUUGGAUUUAGAAAGCAGGGUAGACAUUUAUUACACAGCUUAAACGCUAAAAGACAGCAAAGAAUCUUCUUCACAGUGUAGGAGAAUCUGAGGGGAUCUCUCCUUUAUAUCAGGAGCAUUUUCCUUUAAAUGAAGCAUGGGGGAUACUUGCAGUAAGCUCUGAACUGUUGUUGGCUGGUCCUGCUAAAAGUCUCAUUUCUCAAUCACCUGGAAGACCUUGAAAUAUAGCUUCAGCAGAUUAUUCACAUGCUGCGUUUUGCCGAGAACUUCAGUCCAAAAGUGACUCUUAAGUGGGUGAACAGGCGUUGGGAGUUCAGAGUCAGGUAAUAUGACUGCUGACAUACAUGACCCUUGACCUCUUGGUCAUGAGAUGAUUGUCUUGUCAAGGCUGGCCUGCUUCAAGCAGGACACUCACACCGAAUUGGACUGCAGGGUGCUGUUCCUGGAUUUGAAAUGAACCCCGAGUCUCACACGCACACGGUCCCCCACAGAUCUGCAUAGACCUCUGCACAGAUACACACGUUCACUUGAUGGUGCAGAUAUACCGAACAAGUUAAGCCAUUGCACACAGUUUGCUACUUCUGGUUCAGAAAUGUUGGAGUUCAGUACUGACAGUCAUGUGAUCACAAUUGCAGGCCCCAUUCUGACAUCUUAAUAAAUGUGCCUUUUGAUUUGAGUAAUCAAUAACUUAUGAUUUUUAAGUAACUCUGUGUUAGGUACUAUUUUUCUUUUUGGGUUUUUGAUUUCUGCCAAUGUGCAUAUUUUCAAAUGUACGUAUUUAUUAGUUUCAAAGUAAUUAUUGAGAUAUUACCUGUUUAUUUAUUUAUUGAGAUAUUUAUUCUGAUUCUUUAUUUUUUUGAGACAGGUUUUUAUCUUCCGUGCUGUCUUACUUCUGACUUUGUGCCAAUGUGCUGCUUUGAAGUGUUACAUAUCGUGGGUUUGUAUCAUUAUUAAACCCUCACUCUAUAUUUUAAA